AAGCAGGAGUGGUCUCGCAGUAUUACAAACUUACUUAAUCGUACGAUUCUGUCGAUUAGUCUUCGUUACAACUCAACUUCUUAACGAUACUUAAUCAUUCUGCAAACUUUAAGCUCCUUGUUAUUAUUUUACGUUUACCGAUACUUCAAUCGAAUCUAUUCUUCCAUAGGAAAUAAGUUUUAUUUCUCUAAAUAUUAAAAUCUGUCACGUUUAUUAUUAACUUAUAUGUGUUAUCAACGAUCAGUGAUCUUAACAAUUAAAAAAAUUGAUUUAAUUUUUUUUAUUGUGUUAUCAUAUACUGUAAUGUAUUUAUAAUUUAUAUCCAUAUAGACAUUAUUUAUUUAUAAAAAAUUGAACAAUUAUAUUUCGAAUGUGAAUUUUUUUAUAACAUACGUUAAUUUGCUGCACGUGUUUUUGAUAUUUAUUUGGAUUUGGUGAACUCAAAAUUGCAUUAGUUUUUAAAUAUAAGAUUCUAAAUUAUUCUUGUGAGCAGUAACUUUUAAUUGAUUAUAUUAAUCAAUAGUCGAAUGAUUGAUAAAGUGCGUAAUAUCGUAUAAUUCAAGUUAAACACAAGAAAUAAUUAAAAAAUCUGUAGUAGACAUAUAAUGAUUAAAAAGAUCUGUGUAUAGAGCAAACAUUUUAACAAUACUGGCAUUUUUAAAAGUGAAUAAAGAAGAACUAUUAUCGUCUCGAUGCUGGAAAGUACUAAUGUUGUGUAAUAGCAUGCAGUUCGCAUAUCGCUACACGUGGAACCGAGAAAUUAUUGUCAAUUCCCAAAAACUUGUAAAGAGACGUUGAAUCGGUACAAUUCGCAAAAAUUCUUAAUAAGGAUUCUAGCAAAAACAAUUGCACGUGAUAAUGGCUGGUAUAUGUUACAGUGAACCUUUUUCGGAUUGGUUGGAAGAGAAAAUAGAAUUGCCUAUUUUUGAAGAAUUGCCAAUUACUGAAAAUGGACAAAUUAAAACAGCACCAUAUAAUGAAAUUACAAAAGCUCCCCAGCAAGAUGAUACACAAACUUUGUUACAAGAAUUUGAAACUGUUCUGGGAGAUGUGGAAGCUUGUCAUCAAAUAGUCCCUUCAUCAAGUUCCACUCUUACACCCCCUCAAUCACCUCCAUCACAUAAACCAUUAAAUGUGGAUACUCAAUUACUUGUUACUUUACAACCAGUACAACCAUUAUAUCCUAAUCAUCAGUCCAUAUAUGGUAUGGUAGUUCCAGAGGAAAAAUCAUAUAUAAAUGAAGUACGCAUACAAUGGCAUACAAAAAAUGUAUCAUUAGAUCCGAUAAACACAGAUGUUGCACAUGACUUAGCUGUAGUAGAUGAAUAUGUACGUUUACAUACAAAAGAUAUUCCGCCAUCUAGUCCUUGUACCAGCUCUGGUGGUAGCUAUAUUUCAUCAGAAGAUUCUGUGGAUGAUCCAGAUUGGAUUUUCGAAUCCGAAAAAAAAAAUAUGAAACAAUCUACUUGUACUUCAACAAAAAAUCGUCAAAAACCUUAUUCUCGUCCUUCAAUUGAAGAUAAAAAAGUUCGAAAAAAAGAACAAAAUAAGAAUGCAGCCACACGAUAUAGACAGAAGAAAAAACAAGAAAUAAAAGAAAUAUUAGGUGAAGAACGUGAACUUACUGAACAUAAUGAAAAACUAAAAAAUCAAGUAACAGAUUUACAACGAGAAAUUGGGUACUUAAAAGGCUUAAUGAGAGAUUUAUUUAAAGCUAAGGGUCUUAUUAAAUAAUCCAUUUAUAUAUCAACCAUGUUAUGUUUACUCAUUUUUAUUAAUUUUUAUUAUCAUAUUUUUGACACUAACUAAUUUUAUAAUAAUACUAAUAUGUUUUAGCAUAUAGACUUAAAUUACUGACUGUUAUUAGUUUUUUUUAAAUUAGCGUACAUAUAUGAAUAUAUAUCUAAGAUCUAUCACAGCUUCUUAGUAGGACUACAGAAUUAUCAUCAUAUAAUACAUAAAUUAUGUACUAUCUCCUAACUUAUUCAUGGUCCAUCAAAUAUUAGCAAAUAAGAUACAUUAAAUAACGAUAGACUUUAUAAUGUAUACAGCCCUAUGAAACUCCUUUGAGUGGAAACUUGCUGUUACAAAAAAUUCUAUUCAUAAUUUAUUGUAUCUUAAAAUGCAAAUUUUUCAUUCCAAAAAAUUCUAACUCAAUCAAGUUUCAAAUUUUCUUAAAAAAAAAUAUUGUAUUAGAAAAUAAUAAAUGGGUUAUUAUAUAAUAAA